UGAUACUUCGUUACAAACGGAACAAGUGCACCAUGUUAUUUCCGCAAACUCGUUUGAUAGUCACUCACGUCACCGCUGUUCUGGUCUAGAAGGCCAAAUAGCAAAAGCGCCAUGCUACGACUGCCAACCAUCGGCCGAGCUUUAGCCGGAGCCGCCAAGGGCAGCCUGUCUCCCUCCAACACUAUGCGUACUCCAGUGCGUGCUGCCAGCAAUAUGGUGGAAGUGUUUGUGGAUGGGAAACCAGUGGAGGUGGAGCCUGGAACUACCGUACUGCAGGCAUGUGAGAAGGCGGGAAUCCAGAUACCCAGGUUCUGUUACCAUGAGCGUCUCUCAGUGGCAGGAAACUGCCGUAUGUGUCUGGUUGAGAUUGAAAAAGCUCCAAAGCCUGUAGCAGCCUGUGCCAUGCCCGUUAUGAAGGGUUGGAACAUCCUCACCAACUCAGAGAAGACACGUAAAGCCAGAGAGGGAGUAAUGGAGUUCCUGUUGGCCAAUCACCCACUGGACUGCCCCAUUUGUGAUCAGGGAGGAGAGUGUGAUCUGCAGGAUCAGUCUAUGCAGUUUGGUUCAGACCGCAGUCGUUUCACAGAAGGAAAGAGAGCAGUGGAGGACAAGAACAUCGGGCCACUCAUCAAAACCAUCAUGACCCGCUGCAUCCAGUGCACACGCUGCGUCCGUUUUGCCAGUGAGAUUGCAGGUGUUGAAGACCUGGGAACAACAGGAAGAGGAAACAACCUGCAGAUUGGGACGUAUGUAGAGAAGAUGUUCAUGUCAGAGCUGUCGGGCAACGUUAUUGAUAUCUGUCCUGUGGGAGCGCUCACCUCCAAACCCUAUGCUUUCACUUCACGACCAUGGGAGACCAGAAAAACAGAGUCUAUUGAUGUGUUGGAUGCUGUGGGCAGUAACAUCGUGUUGAGCACAAGAGGAGGCGAGGUGAUGAGGGUGCUUCCCAGGCUGAAUGAAGACAUCAAUGAAGAGUGGAUCUCUGACAAGACCAGGUUUGCAUAUGAUGGUCUGAAGAGACAGAGGCUGACCCAGCCAUUGGUGAAGGAUGACUCAGGUCAGCUGAUCCCCACCACCUGGGAGGAUGCUCUCAGUCGUGUUGCUGGAGCACUGCAGAGCGUGCAGGGUGGUGAGGUAGCAGCCAUAGCAGGAGGAAUGGCCGAUGCUGAAGCUCUGGUCUCCCUCAAAGAUCUCCUCAACAGGCUCAACUCAGAAAACCUCUGCACUGAGGAGGUCUUCCCCAUGUCGGGAGCAGGCACUGACCUGCGCUCCAACUACCUGUUGAACUCCCGCAUCACCGGCAUUGAGGAGUGUGACGUGCUGCUGCUCAUAGGAACCAAUCCACGCUAUGAAGCCCCGAUGUUCAAUGCCCGAAUCCGCAAGAGCUGGCUCCAUAAUGAGCUGCGUGUUGCCUUAGUGGGUCACAACGUUGACCUCAGUUAUUCAUACGACCACCUGGGCCAAGAGACUUCAGUGCUGAAGGAGCUGGCUAAUGGCACACACCCCUUCUGUCAGGUGCUUUCAGCUGCUAAGCAUCCAGUAGUGGUUGUGGGCAGCAGCGCUCUGCAGAGAGAAGAUGGAGCUGCCAUUUUGAGUGCUGUCUCCACAAUUGCACAGAAUGCCAGAACUAGCAGUGGAGUGGAGGAGGGAUGGAAAGUCCUCAAUGUACUGCACAGAGUGGCCAGUCAGGUGGCUGCCUUGGACCUGGGCUACAAGGCCGGAGUGGACGCCAUCAGGAAGAAUCCUCCCAAAGUCCUGUACCUGCUGGGAGCUGAUGGUGGCUGCAUCAGCAGAGUCGAUCUGCCUAAAGACAGCCUCAUCAUCUACCAGGGUCACCAUGGUGAUGUGGGAGCCUCAAUGGCAGACAUCAUUCUGCCUGGUGCUGCCUAUACAGAGAAAUACGCUACCUAUGUCAACACUGAAGGCAGGAGCCAACACACCAGGGUGGCUGUCUCCCCUCCUGGAAUGGCCAGAGAUGACUGGAAGAUCCUCAGAGCUGUAUCUGAACUGGCUGGUGUGACGCUACCCUACGACUCUCUGGACGAGGUCCGAUCCAGACUCGCUGAGGUGUCUCCUAAUUUGGUCCGCUACGACGAUGUAGAGGAGGCAAACUACUUCAGACAAGCCAAUGAACUUGCCAAGGCUGUGAAGCAGGACCUCCUAGCAGCUCCUCUGGUACCACUUCAGCUUGCAAUAAAGGACUUCUACAUGACAGACUCCAUCAGCAGGGCCUCUCAGACGAUGGCCAAAUGUGUCAAAGCCGCGACAGAAGGAGCUGCUGCUGUUGAUGAGCCGUCGGUUUGCUGAACACCCACAUACAGACAGUGUCGCUGCUUAAUUUAAAGUUGUACUUGAUGCUUGUUAUACACAGUUAAGUCAUUUUCAUUGAAUGUAGCUCAGAGACAUGUGAAUAAAAUAUU